AUGCACUAUAAGCUGUAUGUUUUUUUAAGCCUGCUAUACACCGCCGCCUGCACAAAGACCCCACAGCUAUUAACAUGGGACUCUAACAUGGCUGUAUUCCAGCCAGACAAACUUGAAAAAAAGGAUGUUUUCAGAAAUGCAGUCGCAAAUUUGCACGACUUGCGCCGUGAGGCUUUAGAGUUGAAUAAAGAUAAAAAUUCCAGUACACAUCAAGUUGUGCAAGAAGACAAAGAAUAUACACGGGACAAGCACAUGGGAUACUUGUACAGCCCUGAGAUAUCAGGUUCUAUCGGAAUACAAAAAAAAGCAAUUGGAUAUGACUCGGUGUUUGGUGUUGGGGAUGGGUACAAGAAGAUUAUGUUCUCCAUCUACCACAUAGAGAAAAAUCAAGACAGCCCUGUUGUGUUUCUUGUUAACGACAAAAAAGUAGCAGAUUACUUCACAGAUUCUAACUAUCUUACAACCACGCCAGUAAUUGAGCGCAUUCCAGGGCUUCUAAAUAGCGAUGGGGAUCUUAAAAUAGGCACAGGUCCCCUUCUGGCCCGCUCUUUCAAGAUACUUGGAGUAAGCAUGCGGUUUAAAACAUAUAAAUCUAAAAAAGCCCUAAAUGGAGCAUAUGACCCGAAUUUAGACUCUGUUCGCGAGGAAAUCGCACUGCAGUCAAGUCUUAACGGGAAAUUUGUAUCAGUAACCAAAGAUGGCUCAAGAAUAAAGCUAAUAGAUGAGAUGGAGUGCAAUGAAAAGCCAAACCUAUGUACCUUUUUCUGGGUCCCAUACAAGGAGAUGGGUUGA